AUGGCGAGUUCCGGCGACGACUCACCACCGGAAACAACUACGUCAACGCAACUGAUUCCCUCCUUACCAGACGACGUCGCUCUGAACUGUCUAGCACGCGUCCCUCGACACCACCAUCCAAACCUCUCACUCGUCUCCAAAACAUUCCGAUCUCUCCCCAAAUCCCCUCUCCUCUACACCACCAGAUCCCUCCUCUCCGCCACCGAAACCAUCCUCUACGUCGCGAUCCGCAUCCCUCCGUCAACAGGCGCCCGCUGGUUCACUCUCCUCCACCGCGCCUCGACGAACUCCAACCUCCUCGUCCCCAUCCCCUCCUGCCCUUCCCCCUCCCUCGUCGGAUCCGCCUACGUCGCCGUCGGAUCCGAGAUCUACGUCAUCGGCGGAUCCAUCAAAGACGUGCCUUCCUCCAACGUGUGGUGUCUCGAUUGCAAGCUCCACACGUGGCGUAGAGUCGGUAACAUGAGGGUAGGCCGCGAGUUCGCUGCGGCGGGAGUGAUCGACGGGUGGAUUUACGUGAUUGGGGGAUGCGUGGUUGAUAAUUGGGCCCGGGCUAUUAAUUGGGCCGAGAGGUUUGAUUUAAAGGCCCAGAGAUGGGAGGCGGUUGCGAGUCCGGGGGUUGAGGUGCGUGAGAAGUGGAUGCACGCGAGUGCGGUUAUGGGAGGGAGAGUUUACGCGAUGGCUGAUCGAAACGGCGUCGUUUACGAGCCUAAGGGGAAGGAGUGGGGUGUGCCUGAGAAGAGGCUUGAUUUGGGGUGGAGAGGGAGGGCUUGUGUGAUUGAGGAUGUUUUGUAUUGUUAUGAUUACUUGGGGAAGAUUAGAGGGUAUGAUCCGAAAGAGAGGGUUUGGAGAGAGGUGAGAGGUGUGGAGUCGCUUCCUAAGUUUCUUUGUGGUGCUACUAUGGCGAAUCGUGGUGGGAGGCUUGCGGUUUUGUGGGAAGGGAAAGCGGGGAGUGGUGGGUGUAGGAAGAUGGAGAUUUGGGGGGCUGAGAUUGAGGUUGAGAGGCGUGGAGAAGGGGAGAUUUGGGGGAAGAUACAAUGGUCUGGUGCUGUGUUUACUGUUCCUAAUGAAUCUGCCAUUGUGAAUUGCUUAGCGGCUACCGUUUGA